CAGACAUGCGCAGUUACGCUUGAGCGUGACAACAAAAAAUAUUUGACACAGAUUUAAAGGCCUUGCUAAAUAGUAUUUUUCGGAGGGCGAUUUUGUUUGCAAGGAAACAUGAUGCUUUCAAGAAGUGUUUCCAUUUGUAGGAAUGCUUAUCCGCAGUUGUCAUUUAGCAAGUCGCGCAUUUUACCUGUGGUCAAUGUUGGACUAUUCCAGCUAAAUGGUAAAGAAAAUUACAGUGGCGGAGCAGGUGGGGCAACAAAUACAAGAGGACCUUUGAAAUGGGGAGCAGCAACAAUUGGUGGUGCACUAGGAUUUGCAAUAUUUCUGAAGACUCAGUUAGAAAGAAACACAUUAUCAGCUGCAGUUGAGGAGGCGGGGACAGUACGCCAAGGUCUUCCAACGUACACCAUGGAUGAUGUGAGCAAACACAAGACAGAAAAAGACAAGGUUUGGGUGAUUUACAAUAAUGGUGUGUAUGAUAUCACUGAUUAUAUUGCCCAGCAUCCUGGUGGAAACAAAAUUCUUCUUGGUGCCGGGGGUGAUAUAGGUCCAUACUGGGAUAUGUAUGCCCAGCACAAACAGCCAGAGAUGUAUAAAUUACUGGAAAAAUACCGAAUCGGAAACAUACUGGAACUUCCUAAGAAGAAGGAAUCCAGUAAAGAUGACCCAUAUGCCAAGGAUCCCAGGAGACAUCCAGCAUUAAUACCAAGUGCAGAGAAGCCAUUUAAUGCAGAGCCACCAGUCUCGUUGCUAACGCAGGAUUUCUUAACACCGAACGACCUGUUUUUUGUACGGAAUCACAUGCCUGUACCGAAUGUUGACAUUAAGGACUUCAAACUUGACAUCUCUAUUGAAGGUAGUAAAAAAUCAAAGGUGCUGACAUUAGACGUCCUAAAAAAGAAGUUUCCAAGUAAAACUGUGGCGACUACACUGCAAUGUGCAGGAAAUAGAAGAAGCGAUAUGGUUGAUAUAAAACCAGUUCGAGGUCUGAACUGGGGAAUCGCAGCUAUAAGUACCGCAGAAUGGACAGGUGCCACUCUGAAUGAUGUGCUUCGUUACUGUGGUAUUGACCUCGAUAAAGUUGACUGUGAACAUAUUCAGUUUGAAGGGAUGGAUGCGGGACCAGACGGAACUACGUAUGGUGCAUCCAUUCCAAUCGAGCUUGCCAGAGACUUGAAGAAUGACAUUAUUGUGGCGUAUAAAAUGAAUGGUGAAGAUAUUCCAAAGGAUCAUGGUUAUCCUUUACGUAUAAUCAUUCCAGGAGUUGUCGGAGCCAGGCAAGUGAAGUGGCUAAACAAGAUCGUGCUUAGUAAGGACGAGAGUUUCAGUCACUGGCAAAGGCGUGACUAUAAAGGGUUUAAUUCAUCUAUUGAUUGGCAUAAUGUUAAUUUUGAUACAUCCCAAUCUAUUCAGUUCUUGCCAGUGCAGUCGGCAAUUUGCGAGCCAGAAAAUGGGCAGACCCUGGAUGACAAUGAAGAGGUCACAGUGAAAGGUUAUGCAUGGAGCGGAGGUGGGAGAGGAAUUUAUCGUGUAGAUGUAUCUGCUGACGGGGGUAAAACCUGGGUUAGUGCUGAUAUACAGCCUAAUGGGCAGAGCCCAUAUAGGUCAUGGGCAUGGACAUUCUGGGAGGUCACUGUACCUAUUCCAAAAGGUCACAAAGGAAAGGUGCAGCUUGUGUGUAAAGCAUGUGAUUCACAAUACAAUGUACAGCCAGAUAGUGUAGAGGGAAUCUGGAAUCUUAGAGGGUGCCUUAGCAAUGCCUGGCAUAGGAUUACUGUCAACUGUCCAAAGUAGGGUUGCAAUUUUAGGUUUGAUUUUUUUUUAAAAAUGAUAUAAAUAAGUGCUAAGGAAAUUGUUCUUUCAGAAGCUUGUAAAGAGUUACACCCUUUACCAAGGCCUUAUUUUUGUGGCCAUUUGUUUUAAUUAAUUUAUGAACAAGCUAAACUUAGUAAUGUAAUGUGAUUAAUUUCACAAUGUUAUUUCAAAAGUGAUUAUUUUGCUACGUAUGUUUAGGUGAUUAUUGUUUAUUUUUUCGAUUAUAAGUGAUGAUGAUGAUGAUGAUGAAAAUUGACAUUUUACAGUAAAGUCUGGGGACUAGAACAGUAUGAUAGUCAAGAAAUUAUUUUAACUAGUUUGUAAUAGAGAUAGAACACAUGAAGAACUUUAAACUAGUCAUUUCAUUGAGAUUUCUUUCAUUUCAACAAUUGCAAUACAAAAUCAAAGAUGUGUAUAUAGCUUUUAAUAUAUUUGCAGCUAUAAGUGAAUUUUGCUCAGUCUAUUAACUGGUAACUGUUGCAUGGCCAUUGUCAAUGCAUCUGUUUCUCAGUUUAAAUGACCUGUGCAUGUUUAAGUUGUUUAACAUGAACAAAAAGUCAUGUGUCUAUAAUCAAAGAUAAUCACUAAGAUAAAAAAAUCUUGUUACUGCAUCAUACAUGUAAAGUCUCCCACACAUAGCGGGAAACUCCCACUUUCUGCAGCCAUAUUUUCAAAGAUUUUUCUUUAAA